UAGUGCACUACAGAGGGAGGUUGGGCUAGUGCACUACAGAGGGAGGUUGGGCUAGUGCACUACAGAGGGAGGUUGGGCUAGUGCACUACAGAGGGAGAGAACAGUCUCCGCUCUGUGUCUAAUAAUGGUGGCUUUGGGUGUAGAUGUGCACUAUCAAGGCCUCAUGUAGUGCACUAGGAGUCAGUUCGGGUUUAAGUUUGAGAGAAAUAAAUGAUCUGCGUCCUAAUUACUGUCAACUUGCACCAUUAUUUCAUCAGAUUUUAUGUCUGAGGCAUAAAGAUCACAUCAGAUACAACUUCUCCUCUUUAUGUCCAUGUUUUAGUGUUUUCUGCUCCGCAGUCCCUUCUGUCCUCCCUGCGCUCGUUUUCAGGAUCAGCUCUGCACCAUGUCUGAGGACGGAGGAGUCGGAGAAAACGAGCACGAGUUUCCGGCUCAUUAUAAAGUCAUGCUGGACAAGCUGAACGAACAGAGACAGCUGGACCAGUUCACAGACAUCACGCUGAUCGUUGACGGUCAUCAGUUUCGAGCCCAUAAAGCUGUGCUGGCCGCCUGCAGUCAGUUCUUCCAUAAUUUCUUCCAGGACUUCACUCAGGAACCACUGGUGGAGAUUGAGGGAGUAAGUAACAGUGCAUUUUGUCACCUGAUGGAGUUCACCUACACAGCCACGCUCGCUCUGAGAGGACAGGAGGAAGUGAUGGACGUUUGGAGAGCAGCUGAGUAUCUGCAGAUGCAGGAAGCCAUUAAAGCUCUAAACAACAGAUAUUUCCUCAGCGUGAAGAGCGAGGACAGGAACGGCUCACUAAACCCCGAGCCUCAGCCCCUCUCUGAUAAAACCAAAGCAAAGAAGAGAAAAAUCGCAGAGACGUCCAACGUGAUCACAGAAACACUGCCGUCAGCAGAGGCGGAGUCAGAGCAGGCGGAGAUUGAGGUGGAGGUCGGGGAAGAAGCCAUCGUGCAGGAGUGCGUGAUGGAGGAGGAGGUGACAGACGGAGGCAGGGAAACAGACGACUCCGCCCUCGCACUGCUCGCUGAUAUCACCAGUAAAUACCAGCAGGGAGCGCCGAAUGUGAAAAAAGCCAGAGAGGAGGCGGGGGAGCUGCAGGAGGAGGCAGUCAUGGCCACCAAAAUGCUGGAAGGGAUCGAGGUGGUGGAGGUGCAGAUCUCCGAUAACUUGUUCCGCUGUGAUAAAUGCGAUCGGUGCUUUAAGCUCUUCUACCAUCUCAAGCAGCACAUGAAGACGCAUACGGCGAGCUCGGAGAAACCGUUUGUGUGUAAGCACUGCGGGAAGACGUACGCUCGGGAGGGAGCGCUCAAGCAGCACGUCAACACGUGUCACUAUGACGCCGAGGAGCUGAACAAGAAGCUGAAGAAGAAGGUGCACAUGUGUGUGUACUGCAGUAAGGAGUUCGACCACUUCGGUCACUUCAAAGAGCACUUACGGAAACACACGGGUGAGAAACCUUUCGAAUGUCCAGACUGCCACGAGCGCUUCGCCCGGAACAGCACGCUGAAGUGCCACAUGUCGGCCUGUCAGAACGGCGCAGGAGCGAAGAAAGGCCGCAAGAAACUCUAUGAAUGUCAGGUGUGUGGUGAGGUGUUUAAUAGCUGGGAUCAGUUUAAAGAUCACCUGGUGAUCCACACAGGUGACAAACCCAAUCACUGCACGCUGUGUGAUCAGUGGUUCACUCACGCCCGAGACCUUGCGGUUCACCUGCAGCAGCAGCACGCGAUACAUGCAGAGGACAGAGCCAUGGUGGAGGAGCGAGUGGAGCUGGAGGAUGGCGUGAUGAUGGAGGAACAGGAGGAGCUGCAGGACGCACUGACAAAAGAACAGGUGGAGCUGCAGGGCGCGGUGAUUGAGGGACGAGUGGAGCUGCAGGAUGGAGUGAUGGUGGAGGAACGAGUGAUCAUGGAGGGACAGAUGGAGCUGCGAGACGGAGUGAUGAUGGAGGGUCAAGUGGUUCUGCAGGACGGAGUGGUGAUGGAAGGACGAGUGGAGCUGCAGGAUGGAGUGACAAUGGAAGGACAAGUGGAGCUGCAGGAUGGAGUGAUGGAGCAGCCGGUGGUUCUGCAGGAUGGAGUGGUGAUGGAAGGACGAGUGGAGCUGCAGGAUGGAGUGACAAUGGAAGGACAAGUGGAGCUGCAGGAUGGAGUGAUGGAGCAGCCGGUGGUUCUGCAGGAUGGAGUGGUGAUGGAAGGACGAGUGGAGCUGCAGGAUGGAGUGAUGGAGCAGCCGGUGGUUCUGCAGGAUGGAGUGGUGAUAGAGGAACGAGUGGAGCUGCAGGACGGAGUGACAAUGGAAGGACAAGUGGAGCUGCAGGAUGGAGUGAUGGAGCAGCCGGUGGUUCUGCAGGAUGGAGUGGUGAUAGAGGAACGAAUGGAGCUGCAGGACGGAGUGAUCGUGGAGAACCAGGUGGAGACGGUGCUGAUAGAGGUGGAGGAAGAUGGAGUGAGAGAGCAAAUGCAGAGUGUGAACGUAUGAAAGUGGAUAAACGUGAAGGACUGAACUGUGGAUGAAUAUUUAUUUUUGUAAAGGUGUGUGUGUGUUUUUUCCUUGCAGGCUUGUUGCUGCACAGCUGCCAGAAGUACAAACAUGACUCCUGAUUUGUUUGGGUGUGUGUGUUUUUUUUUUUUUUAAAUAAAGGAAAUUCAGGGGGAAGAUGUUGGCAGUGGGUGUGUCCCAGUAACUUCUUGUAUAAUAUUCAACAUCAGCAACAAUAAUGAUAAUCCUGUUUGAAAGGAGGCUCUCUCACGGCCCCAGAGGGUUUGCAUCGUUACGGGGCUGCAGCAGGAAGGCAAAGGUCUGAAAAAUGUAUUUAAAGUUUUCCUGUCGCAUUUGAUCAUGUUUAAAAAAAGGUUAUUUAUUAUAUUAUUACUACUACUGCUACUUUUUUGUACAUUUUUGAAUUAGUUUUUUUGAGGCGAGAUGUAAACUGAUCAGCUCUACUCCGAACGUCUCAGAGUUUCAUUCUGUUGCACAAAAGCUCUUAUUUUUGUAAAAUGUUUAUUUCCGAGCAGCGCUGUUGCGUGAAUGUAAAGGGCUUCACCGGAUCUUUACAUGAUUCUGUUGCUUUUGCACAAAGAUCAGAAAGUUAAACCAUUUCAGAUAUUAUUUCAGAUUGUAAAUGUUUGUACAGAGCGAUAAAAUAAAAUUGAAUAAAUACA